UUCCCUGGUAUCCCGUCAUGCACACCCACAUCCCCAAAUCGCAACGAACCAACAGCAGGAUCCCUCUUCAGCCGGCCUCCGAGCACAAGUAAUUACGCAAACAUCGCGAAUGGCAUAAAACCCCAUGCCCAUCCACCACUGAGCUUCAAAGUCCUCUGCCCAAAGAAACCAUACCCUAAUUAGCGAAUCGUGCGUGCACAAGCUGCACAAACGGCAAUGGACUUCUCUGGAUGCCCCGACGACGCCUCGUUCGGCCCUGCUGUUCGCGGCUGUCGGGGCGACUUCGACUUCACCAUCAAGUUCGAGAAGAUCUUCUUCUCCAUUAUCCCCCCGCCCGUAUUCGUCGCAUUUUCUCUGGCUCGCAUUGUCUAUCUCGCCCGAAAACCAGCGACAGUGGGCGGGGCGCUUUUACGGACGGCAAAGCUUGCCGCCAUCUGCGUCUUCGGCGUCCUCCAACUAGCCCUUCUCGUUUGGAGCAGCACACAGGCUCGCAGAUUUGGCGCCUUUUUCAUCCCUGCGGAUGCGCUGACUCUACUGUCCGUGGUUUGCACGCUCCCGCUGUCGUACUUGGAGCACUCCCGCUCGCCUAGGCCAUCCAUCCUCCUGAGCGCCUACCUCUUCGUUACCCUCCUCCUCGACAUUGCCCAGGCGCGCACAUUAUGGCUAGCUUCGACAAACUCACAUGAAUUUGCCUACUCUCGCGUCUUCACCAGCUACGUGGCGUUCAAAGCACUCAUCAUCAUUCUGGAAUCACAUUCAAAGUCUCGCUGGAUCCGCUGGGAUGUUAAGGAGCACAGUCCGGAAGAGACCACUGGUUUGUACGGUCUCGGUGCCUAUGUUUGGCUCAACAAACUCUUCCUCGCCGGCUACCGCAAGGUCCUCCGAAUCGACGAUCUGUUCCCUCUCGACAAGGCCAUGACCUCUGAAACGCUAUAUACCAAGCUGUCUCACCACAUUGAUAUUUCCCGGUUUCGUGGCAAGAAGCACGGUCUCGCUCGAGCCACGGCAAGAGCUUUGGCGGUACCCCUGUUGCUUCCGGUUGGGCCACGCAUCGCUCUCGGCGCAUUCCAGUUCUGCCAGCCCUUUCUCAUCAAUACGCUGCUGGAGUACCUCAAGCAGCCAGCUGGCCAGUCACCCACGAAUAUUGGCUAUGGGCUAAUCGGUGCGACCGCCAUCAUCUAUGUUGGAAUUGCGGCUUCAAACGCCUUAUACUGGUAUUUUCAGGGGCGCGCCAUGUACAUGGCCCGCGGCCUCUUGGCCACCACUAUCUACCGCAAGACAACAGAGUCGCGGUCCACGGAGUCCGACGAUUCUGCUGCCCUGACAUUGAUGAGCGCAGACAUUGAGCGCAUCAUUAUCGGAUGCCUGAACCUCCAUGAGUUCUGGGCCAACACGAUCGAGGUCGCACUGGCAUGUUGGUUGCUCUCCCGCCAGAUCGGCCCCGCCUCCGUCGCUCCGCUGAUCGUUGUCUCCGGCUGCGUCAUCUGCUCCGCCAUACUGGCCCGGUUUACCGGGGCCCGACAGAAGCGCUGGAUGGAGAAGAUCCAGAAACGCGUUGGCUUGACCUCUACCGUCAUUGGCCAGAUGAAGCACCUCAAAAUCUCGGGACUCGCUGAGACGGUUCAGGACGCCAUUCAGUCGAUGAGAAUCGACGAGCUUGAAGCGGGCUCAAGCUUUCGAAGGGUGAUUGUCUUCGCCGCCACUGUUGGAUACACCCCUCUGUUCUUGUCACCCGUCAUUGCUUUCGCCUUCGCCUCCCGGACCCUGGAGGUUACCACCAUCUUUACGUCCAUGUCCUUUAUCAUGUUGCUCGCCGCUCCCCUGGGCGUUCUCUUCCAGAUGAUCCCGAACCUCCUCGCAGCUUUCGCUUGUCUAAACCGCAUCCAGACGUUCCUCGAGCAAGAACCCCGCUUUGACUUCCGUUCAUUCUCAGGCGUAGCUAGGGAGAAACCCUUGGCCGAAGAGAAAUCCUGCCAAACGGUACCCGAGCAGCCGACAGCAAAAGUCACGAUCACCGGCGGAAGCUUUGGAUGGGAAGUUGGCAAAAAGGGUCUACGCAACAUCAAUCUCGAAGUACCUGCCUCUCGCCUUACCAUCGUUGUGGGGCCUGUCGCGUCCGGAAAGUCCACACUCUGCAAAACUCUCCUUGGCGAAGUCCCAGUGUUUCAGGGACGAGUGACGACGGCAUCCAGCUAUCGCAAGAUUGGGUACUGCGAUCAGAAUCCUUACUUAUUCAACGCCACCAUCCGCGAAAACAUUCUUGGGUUUUCACCUUUCAACCAGGAACGCUAUGACGAGGUCAUUGAAGCAACCAUGCUGCGGCCGGAUCUGGACCUUCUCCCACAGGGCGACAACACCAACAUUGGCAGCAAUGGAAUCACACUUAGCGGUGGUCAGAAACAGCGCGUGUCCAUGGCAAGGGCCCUCUACCUUGACACAGAUUUCUACAUCUUUGACGAUAUCCUAAGCGGUCUGGACGCCGACACCGAGGAGGAGGUGUUCCUCCGCGUAUUCUCGCCCGCCGGGCUUCUCCGCCGCCGAGGUGCCACGGCGCUUCUCUGCACCCAUUCGGUUCGACACCUUCCGCUGGCGGACCAUAUCGUCGCCCUUGGUGCAGAUGGGACUAUCGUCGAGCAGGGUUCCUUCCACGAGUUGAUGGCAAAUGAGAAGUAUGUCUCUGCCCUCGGCGUGGAACAGAUCGACAGAUCACGUCUUCCGGGAAGCUCUUCCCUCGUCGAACGUUCCUCUCCGAAACAAGACCCUCCCAAACCGGUAUCUGAAAAGCUGCCCGCUGUCUCUGAAGACGCGGAACGGGCAAGAAUGACAGGCGACUGGGCAGUGUACCGCCACUACUACGCACGUAUCAACGUGCUUCACCGGAUAGGCCUCUUGAUCUUUAGCAUUGGCUGGGGUAGUCUGCAGAACGCUGGCACGGUUUGGCUCACGUUCUGGUCCGAGGGCGUGGCAGCUACCAAUCCGCCUCACUCCAACUCCUUUUAUAACGGGAUAUAUGCCGUCUUCCAGGUCGGAACCCUCGCUUCGCUGUUCGCGAUUGCAUAUCUAUGCUUCACCUCGAUGAUCACGGUGUCUGGGGCGAAGAUGCAUCAGGAGGCCCUAAAGACCGUCAUCAGUGCGCCGCUCCGUUUUUUUGCAACGACCGACACCGGCGUCAUUGUCAAUCUCUUCUCCCAGGACAUGACUCUCGUCGACGGCCAGCUCCCCCAGGCUUUGCUCAAUCUGCUUCUUGGAAUCUUUGAAACCCUCGGCUUAGCUGCUGUGAUUGCCACAUCGUCCCCUUACGUGGCUAUCACCUAUCCAUUCUUGGCCAUGAUACUUUAUGUUUUGCAAAAGUUCUAUCUUCGCACCUCUCGCCAGAUCCGGUUGUUGGAUCUCGAGGCGAAGAGCCCUCUUUAGUAAGUUUCAACGCCUAUCCGCUGCCCGUGAGAGAGCUGGGGCUAACCGUCCAGCUCCCACUUCAUCGACACCAUCAAGGGCAUUGCCAC